CUAUACCCACUUCCUCUUGUUUACCUUGCUCUAUAAAUAUGUGGCCUUCCCAGGUUGAUGUUUCAUUUGCUGUGAGAACCUGACAAGAGCAUCAUGGAGCGUGAACCAUGGCUGAAUCUAUUCCUGCUCGCAAUACUGUGUCCUCUCAUAACCGGUGCUCCAUCCUCUAUGUUGUGUCCUGAUGAGAAUCUCAGUAUUAGCGAAGGGAGUUACUCUUUCUCAAAAGAUGGGAGCAUUGUAAGAUACAGCUGUUCAGAAGGCUAUUACCCAACCGUUAGAAUUCGUCAAUGUGUCAGGGGAAGAUGGAGCCCGUUGCCGAAAAAAAAACUCCCAGAGUGCAAGAAAAUCACCUGUCCUAACCCUCGAAGUUUUGGAAAUGGAGAGGUUUCUCCAUAUCAGAGGCAAUAUUUUGUGAACGACACAACCCACUACACAUGUUAUUCUGGGUACGAUUUCCGUGGCUCGGGGACUCGUGUUUGCCAGGCGAAUGGGAAAUGGAGUGGAGGCACACCAGUCUGUGGAAGAAACUCUGAUCGCUGUCCUGAUCCCGGGAUUCCCCCUGGCUCUACGAGAGAUGGCAACAUCUUCAAUAUAGACGACACAGUCACAUACCGCUGUGACAGUAAAUUGACUCUGAUUGGUUCCAAAGAGCGAAUCUGUCGGGAAAACGGCCAGUGGACAGGAACAGAGCCAGAAUGUUACGCUGAUUUCACGUACGACACCCCAGAGGAAGCAUCAGAGGGUUUCAGCAGUUCCCUAAAGGCAAAUCUAGGGGUUUCUCAACAAUACGAAGGAACAGAUCAGUACGGAAAGAAAAUACGAGUGGGUAAAGGGGGAAAACUCGAUAUCUACAUUGCUCUGGAUGUAUCUGACAGUAUUGACGAAGAGGACUUUGAAAAAGCAAAAGAUGUCAUCAAAACACUUAUAGAAAAGAUCAGUUAUUAUGAGGUCUCCCCAAACUAUGAGAUCCUGGUUUUUGCCACAGACGUUUCAUGGAUAGUCUCCAUGAGGGACUUCAAGAGUGGGCAAGAAAGCAAUCUGUCAAAUAUUCUUAAAAGACUGAAAGAAUUUGAAUAUAACAGUAAAGGUGAUCGAACAGGAACUAAUAUCGCCUUGGCCUAUAGAAGCAUUUUAGAAAGUAUGCAAAUAGAGAAUGAGAGGAAUAAAGAGGAAUUCAAGCAGACCCAACAUGUCGUCAUCAUGUUCACUGAUGGUCAGGCCAACAUGGGUGGUAAUCCAAAGCCAUUUGUGGACCAGAUCAAAUAUCUUGUUCAACAAAAUAGUCCUUCAGAGGAGCAGGAAAACCUUGACAUGUAUGUGUUUGGGAUGGGGGAUGAUGUAAAUGCUGGGGACAUGAAUGAUUUCAAGACUGACAGGCCAAAUGAAAAGUUUUUCUUCAAGCUUAAGACCAUGGAUGAAUUGCAGGAGACAUUUGACGAAAUGAUUGAUGAGGGCUCCAGUGUAGCAUUAUGUGGGCUUUACCAAGAUUACGAAGGUAAUGAAUCCCCCAAACGCCGUCAAUACCCCUGGUUGGCAAAGAUCAGUGUGACUCGAAGCAAUGGAAAAAUUUCAUAUUGUGUGGGGUCAUUAGUCACCUCAAACUUUAUCUUGACAGCGGCUCACUGCUUCAGGCCUGAUGACACGCCUGAAAGGAUAACUGUUGAUUUGGAAGUAAAAGGAAUAAAAGUGAAAGACUACAUACCUCAUCCUCGAUAUGAUGUUAAAUUGAAAAAGGAUUUGGGAAUACCUGAAUAUUAUGAAUUUGAUGUGGCUCUUAUUCAGCUGGUGGAUCCUGUAAUUAUGGGACCUGAUCUUCGGCCGAUCUGCAUCCCCUGCACCAAGGAAACAAGUGGAGCUCUGAAACUUUCAGAUAGAGAAGGAACAUGCAGAAAACAUCAGGAAGAGCUAAUGAGUUCAGACACAGUGAAAGCUUCUUUCAUGUCUGUCGUUGGAAACAACAUUGAGCAGAAACUAAUCACAAUCAAGCAGGGACAAUGGCGGGAUGCUUGUGUUGAAGAUGCCAAAAAAGCUGAAGGAAUUACUGCGACAAAUGCUAAAGCUAUCGUUACAGAUAAUUUUCUCUGCAGCGGUGGUAUUGAACCUACUGUAGAUGAUAUUGCCUGCAAAGGUGACUCUGGAGGGGCCACUUUUGUGGUUCCUGGUAAUCGACUAGUCCAGGUUGGCAUCGUCAGCUGGGGAGUGAAGGACCUGUGCCAGAACACCCGGAAGCCUAAGGCUGAUUCACACACCAGAGAUUACCAUACAAAUCUGUUCAGUGCGGAAGUACGCGAAUUUCUUAAAAAAUACCUAGGAGAUGGGAAAUUGGGAACCCCUCUUACGUUCCUGUGAACAUUGUGUUUAACAGUAUUCUAUUUGCCUGCUGAGAAACAUUGUGCACAUUUCUCUUUUAACUCCAAACAUCUUUUCCUGCUUUGGAAUUUGUAAAAAAUGUGAUACAAUAAAAGCAUUAUGAAAUAAUAAA